AUGACCGCACCGGAAGAGAUUUUCGUCGGCACCAGCCGCAAGCCAGACGACAGCAUCGAGGCCAAACAGUUCCUCAAGCUGAAAUACGCCAACCGGCACGGGCUGAUCACCGGCGCAACCGGAACGGGCAAGACCGUGACGUUGCAGAUCCUGGCCGAGGGCUUUUCCAAUGCCGGCGUUCCGGUCUUCUGCGCCGACGUGAAGGGCGACCUCUCGGGCAUCGCCGCGAUGGGCGAAGCCAAGGACUUUCUCCUCAAGCGCGCCGAGACGAUCGGGCUCGAUCCGUACGAGUUCCAGGAAUUCCCGGCGAUCUUCUGGGACCUGUUAGGCGAGAAGGGCCAUCCCAUCCGCACGACGAUCUCGGAGAUGGGACCGUUGCUCCUGUCGCGGCUGAUGGACUGCUCGGACAGCCAGGAGGGCGUCAUCAACAUCGCCUUCCGCAUCGCCGACGAGGAGGGUCUGCUGCUGCUCGAUCUGAAGGAUUUCCGGGCGCUUUUGUCCAACAUGUCCGAGCGUUCCAAGGAACUGUCGCACAAAUAUGGCAGCGUGAACCGCCAGUCGAUCGGCGCGAUCCAGCGCAAGCUCCUGGUGCUCGAACAGCAGCGCGCCGAUCUUUUCUUCGGCGAGCCGGCGCUGCGUAUCGCCGACAUCAUGCGCACGACCCCGGACGGGCGCGGCGCCAUCAAUGUGCUGGCCGCAGACCAGCUGAUGAUGAAUCCGCGCCUAUAUGCGACGUUCCUGCUCUGGCUCCUGUCGGAACUGUUCGAGGAACUGCCCGAAGUCGGAGAUUCCGACCGGCCGCGCCUGGUCUUCUUCUUCGAUGAGGCACAUCUUCUGUUCGACGAGGCGCCGAAAAUUCUGGUCGAAAGAGUGGAACAGGUGGUCCGGCUGAUACGGUCCAAGGGCGUCGGCGUCUUCUUCGUCACGCAGAACCCGCUCGACGUGCCGGAAACGGUGCUGUCGCAACUGGGCAACCGCAUCCAGCAUGCAUUGCGCGCCUACACGCCGCGGGAGCAGCGCGCGGUCAAGACGGCGGCCGACACCUUCCGGCCCAAUCCCGACUUCGACAGUUUCAAGGUGAUUACCCAACUCGGCGUCGGCGAGGCGCUGGUCUCGACGCUCGAGAAGAAGGGCGUGCCGGGUAUCGUUCAGCGCACGCUGAUCCGUCCGCCGUCCUCGCGUCUGGGCCCGCUUGAGGAUGGCGAGCGCGCGGAUGUCGUCAGGCAGAGCCCGAUCAUGGGCCAGUACGACGAAACGCUGGACCGGGAUUCGGCCUUCGAGAUGCUGGCGCGCCGCGCCCAGGAGGAAGCCCGCGCGGAAGAGGAAGCGCGCCGGCGCGAGGAAGAGGAAGAGCGCCGCGAAGAGGAGGAGGAGAGGCGUGAACGCGAGCGCGAACGCAGCGCGCGGUCGCAGUGGCGCCUGCCGGACUAUGACGAUGAUGACGGCUAUUCCGGCCGCCGCCGGUCGAGCCGCAGUUCAAAAUCGCGCAGCCGCCGAAGUUCCGGCCGGCGCCGCAGCUACAAGCGCCAGACCGUCACCGAAGCGGCGGUCAAAUCUGUCGUGCGCAGCGUCUCGACGCAGCUUGGCCGUGCGAUCGCUCGUGGCAUCCUCGGCGGCAUCAAGCGCGGCUUUUGA